UUUACUUGGAAAAAGUGAGACAGAAACGAAAAUAAAGGCAUAAUAUUUGGGAGAUCAGAAAAGUCUAUUUUUCUCUAUUAUAAGAACUGUGUAUUAAUGUAGAAAUGUCAAAAAUAUUAAAUAUGUGUUGUUUAAAAAUAGAUUAGUGUGAAGAUUUGUUCGAUUCUGAUCGAAUGAAAUUAUACCAAAUUUUCAAUCAUUGCCAAGAAGAAUAAAUGAAUCAAGAAGUAAAAAUGUACGGCGUUGAUAGGAAGUCAAGUAGUUCGGACGAGGAUUUAUUGGAUGAUUCAGAGGAGUUGGAAGCACAGAAGAAAAAACAUUUUUUGGAUUAUGAUUAUGGUGAUUCACCUCAGCAUACAGCAAAAAUCAAUGUAUUGCAUGCUAAAGCAUCAAAUGAAUAUCCAAUUAGUGUGAGCAGUAGCAACAACAAUAAUAAUAAUAGACCUACGACGGCACCAACAAAUCAAUUAGAUUGUAAGAAGAAAUUAAUUAACGAUCGCCCAAGUACGUCAAAAAUGGCUAUGAUGGAUCAAUUAAAUUCAAAUACGUUGGCAUUGACAAACAAUAAUAACAAUAGUAAUAAUGUAGAAACAGUUUAUUCAAUCUUCUCAAUGCUCGGCUCGUAUAAUUCUGCAGAUAUAACGUCAAAGUUUUUAGAAUUUUCUAAAAAUAGGGAAAUGUGUGCGACUUUAAGGCAAUCGGGAUGCAUAUCUCUAUUGGUUCAAAUUAUUCACUCGGAACCGGACGAUGGAGUUCGCCAAAAGCAGUGUCUCCAAACAUUACACAAUAUAAUUCAUUGUAAUGCAGACGAUAAAGCUGGGAGACGUGAAUCACGUGUGAUUAAAUUGAUUGAACAAUUGUUUGAUUAUUGUGAUGCGCUUCGAUUAAUUUUGAGAAAUGAAUUGAGUGAUAAUGUCGAUAGACAUCCAAUUCAAGCGAUUGGAACUUUGAUGAAAAUCAGUUUUGAUGAGGAACAUCGUCAUGCAAUGUGUCAACUUGGUGCUUUACAAACCAUUUCCACAUUAAUUCAGUUAGAUCAUGCUGUGCACGGAUCAACGUCAAGCGAUAGCUCUUGCAUAACAAUGCGUCGUUAUGCUGGAAUGUGUUUAACGAACUUAACGUUUGGCGAUGGAAAUAAUAAAGCCCUUUUGUGUUCAAAUAAGAACUUUAUGAAGGCACUUGUUGAUCAAAUCAAUUGUAAUAGUGAUGAAUUGGUGCAAGUGACAGCUAGUGUUAUUCGUAAUUUAUCGUGGCGUGCUGAUGCAAAUAUGAAGGAAGCACUAAAUGAAAUCAAAACAGUUAAGAUACUAGCUUUAGCUUCAAUGAAAUGCACACAAGAAAAUACAUUAAAAGCAAUUUUAUCUGCACUUUGGAAUUUAUCUAAUCAUUGUGCCAAAAAUAAGGCUGAAAUUUGUGACAUUGAAGGUGCCAUUGAAUUCUUAAUCUAUAUGCUCUCAUAUGAUGCUCCGAGCAAGACAAUGGCUGUUAUUGAGAAUGCAGGAGGUAUUUUAAGAAACAUAUCGACUCACAUGACAUUACACGAGAGAUAUCGAGUCAUUUUGAGACAAAAGAAUUGCUUUACAAUACUUUUACAGCAAUUAAAGUCACCAAGCUUAACUGUCGUGUCGAAUGCAUGUGGAACUUUGGGAAAUCUAUCAGCUCACAAUGUUGAAGAUCAGAAAUUCUUACGUGACAAUGGAGCCAUUCCAAUGCUUCGUUCUUUAAUUUAUUCAAAACACAAAAUGAUUUCGACAGGAAGUACUGUAGCAUUACGUCACUUAUUGGCGUGCAAAUCAAAUAUGACACACGGCGAGAAUUUAGAUUCGGUCGCAAAAAUGAUGGAUCUCAAAGAAUUGCCUACGCUUAAUGUCCGUAAGCAGCGUGCACUCGAACAAGAAUUAAAUUUGACUGCUGAAAAUUACAAACUUGAUGAGACAUCGCCGUCUACGAAAGAUGAUAAGAUAAGAGAUUUUGAGACAGUCUCGAAAGUUAAUAAAAAUAAAAGUAAUAAUAAUAAUAGUAAUAAUGAUCGAAGCAGUGAAAUGAGAGUUCAAGAAAUCGAAGAUGAAGAAGCUCCUACUAAUUUUAGUAAAUUCGACGAUGAUCAAGACGAGACGGGCGAAAAGUGUGAAUAUCAAGAGUCGGAUCAAAUUACAGAUUACUCAAUUCGUUACGGCGAAAAUCAAGACUGUGACUCGGAUGAUGGUGAGGAAACGAGAAAGCGACGAAAUAUUUUGAGUGCUGAUGACACAACAAAAUGCUAUAAUGAGGAAGGAACACCAGCAACAAUCUCAAAAGCUGGUUCUAUGAGUGAUUUGCGUAAGGAAAAAUUAUUAUCAAAAGAACCAGUCAAAACAGUCGAAGUCGAGAAGAAAGUAAAAGGAAAGUUUUCAGCCGGUGCAUCAGGUCUUCAAAGUCCAGAAAAGACGGUAAAUUAUUGUGUUGAAGGAACACCAGGCAAUUUUAGUCGCAAUGAUUCACUUAGUGAUUUAGAGGAAGCUUCAAGAACACCACCAAUAAUAAGUACAUCAAGUAAAUCAAUUCCAAACAAAUCAUCAAUUGCUUCCAAAAUUCCACCGCCAUUAACAAUUAAAAAAGAAUCUGUGGGCGAAAAAGAAUCAGUUGCAGCCACACCAAAAAGUGUUACAUUUGUGAAUUUGGCAGAAGAAACGCCUUUAAUGUUCUCUCGUACUAGUUCUAUGGGAUCAUUAUCGAGUGCUGAGCCAACUUGUAUUGAUGACAAAAGCUCUGUUGUGAGUGAUUUUAGUCGACUAGCGAGUGGAGUUAUGUCACCAUCCGAUUUACCAGAUUCUCCAACACAAAGCGUUCCUCAAUCGCCUUCAUCUAGACAGCCCAAACCAGCGCCAAGAAAUAUCCCAGUAAUUAAAACUCCAUUGCCUGCAACGAGAGAAAUUAUUGGUGCUGAAGCUGCUGAUGAUAGCACAAACAUGUUCAAUGUUGAAAAUACGCCUGCAGUCUUCUCAUCACGAACGAGCUUGUCCAAUUUGAGCUUUGACGAUGAACCUAAAAUCUCAACUGACACAAUUUCGAAAGACUUUCAUUUAAUGAAGCACCCAAGCGAGGAUGAAGACUCAAAGAUGGCUAAGAAAAUGAUGGCAACAGAGAGUUUUGCUCAAGACAUUACUGCUGAGCAUUCAGACGUCGAGUCUUCUGACGAUAACAUACUUUUUGAAAGUUGCAUUAAUAUGGGAAUCAAUCGAGUUGUAAAACAAAAGGAAACAGCUAAUGGAAGUGCAUCUAUGAGACCUGAAAACAGUGGAACAAGCUCAGCAGAAACAAUACCAAAGAUUUCGCCUCAAAUGAUGAAGGAAAAUCCAAUCGAUAUGAUGCGAUCGACGCCUUUAUUGCCACCUUAUCUUCCUGUAGUUGACGAGAUGAAUCGAUUUAUCGUUGAAGACAGUCCAUGUAAUUUUUCUGUAAUGUCUGGUCUUUCAGCUAUAACAAUUGAGUCCAAUAUGCAUGCUGUCAAUCAAGCUAACAAGCCAACGGCAAAAGUAGACCCAACAAUCCGUAACGAGACAGACGAAGGAGCAGGAUCGUCUCAAAAGCCCUUGAAGAAAUUACUACCAGAUUAUGAGGAUUCCCUGAGUUCAUUAUCCGUUGAAUCGGAAGAUGAUGCAAAUUUACUUAACCAAGCAAUUGCAGCAGGAGUUCAAAAGCCAAAGAAACAAGAUGUCAGUAAUCCUAUAAAUAUUCCAAUGAAACCAAAAACAUCAACAGACAUUGCGAACAAUUCCAUUAGUUCCGUUGACUCGUGUGAUAAAGAUGAUGCUACAAAUUCAAUAUUAGAACAAUGUAUAAGGAGCGGAAUUAACAAGGGAGUUAAGAAAGAUAGUGCUAAACAUCGUCCAUUAAUGACUUCAUCGCCUAAGAAAUCCUUACUUCCAACACCAUCAACAUCGAAUAAAAAAGUUGAAAAGAGUCAAGCUCUUCAAGACGAAGAACUACUUAAAGAAUGUAUUGCGACGGGAAUGAUGAAAACAUCUAAGCCUGAUAAUGUUCUACUUGAGAAUUUCUCAAAAUUGUCAAUUGCCGAUCCAAAAAACGGAGAGACUACGUCUGUAAUUGCAACAAUGGAUGUCCAAUGUGUAAUUACAGGCGUAGAGUUAAGCACCGAAAAGAAGAAGAUGUACAACAACGUGAUGCAGCAAGACCAAGACGAAAGUAUCGGUUCCGAAAACGAACGUUCUCUCCCAGUAAUUUGGAUGAUGCCAAAUGGGUCUAGUAGUAUGACAUACGAAUUGAGUGCAUCGCUUAAUAGCAUAGACGAUAAUAUCCUCGAAAGAUCAAACGAAUAUCCAGCAAAUAAAUUAUCAAUGUUGGCAGCAUGUGUUGAUUUAGAGGACGAAUCUAUUAUGGAUGUGUCUAAUGAAUUUUUAAUUGAAAAUGAGAAAACAUCUGAAGCUAAAAUUGAGGAUAAACAUAAGAAUCCAGAUUUAAUGCUUAAAUCUGUUGAUCGUUUGACACAGGAACUCGUAUCAACUGCUGAAUAUUUAAGGAAAAAUGUAUUAACAAAUGAUGAUAUUAGUGAACAGAAAAUGUCAAGUAGUAUUAGCAAUAAUACAUGGAAUGAUGAAGUUUCUUUUCCAAGUAUAAGCAUGACAGCUCCAAUGAUUGGAUCGACUAAUGACGAGGCUACUUUUGCAACAGAUCAAAUUAAUCCAUUGCCUGAAGAAAAGAUCGAUGGAAAUAAUCAGCUUGAUGACAAAACACCAACAAAUGAGCACUAUGUCUUUAAUACAAUUAAGAAUGAAGCACAUAGCGAAAGUCCAUCACCAAAACUUGACUUUAAAGUGGGCGGAGAGAUUCAGUCACUUAAUGGUAAUAAAAUUAAUUUUCUAUCGUAUGGACCAGCGAGCAUUGAUACAUUAAGCUCGACAAUGAGUAACUCAACAAUCGUUCAAGUCGAAGCGAAAAGAAUUGCAAAUGAUUUAAUGAACAACCAAAUGAUGGAUAGCACAACAAGUUUAGAUUUAGAGAACAUAAGACCACCAUCAAGUAUGGAUGCAAUUAGCUUGUGCAGUUAUCAAGAUUUAUCUGUUGUUCAAAGUCCACAUAAAGUUCAAUCAAACAACAAUGGAAAUAAUAAAAAGUCACUACUUACUGGAUUAGUAGCAAAACGUGCUUUGGGACAUCAAAUGUUUGGUGGAAGUGUCGAAAGCAUUAAUAGUAUUAAUAAUAUUGACAGCAUUCGACCACCAUCUCUAAUGGAUGAACUUCUUGAUUCUAUGAUAAGUGUCGAUUCUAUUACGAGCGAAAUUGUAGAUCCAACAUUUGCAAUUUCUAGCUAUGAGACAGCUUUAAGUGACAUGGAAGAUAGUUUGACACUAAGAAGUUGUCAGGAUCUCUCAAAAGAUGAAACUUUGACGCCAAUGUCAUCUGACUUUAGUAGUGUCGAGUCUACACCAAAGAAGAAACGUAAUAUAAGAGCAACUACUCCAAAACAGAAGCGUCAAUCUGAAAAAGAUCGCUUUAAGACUUAUACAAUUGCAGUCGAUAUGCUACUUAAGGAACAAGAGAUGCAAAACUCAUUAACAGAAUCAAGUAGACGGUCAUCACUAAAUGCAAGACAGCGACGUCAAGAAGAUCGUCAAAGAUUUGAGACACAAGUAAUUACACCGGAAACAUCUUUAAGUGUGUCAAGGAGAAAAGAUGAUCCUGAUAGAUACAGGACAUUUAACAUUGAAGAUGAAGAUUGCUCGAUCCGUGACAUGACUGCUAAUUUUGAAUUUAUUCGAACGGAAUUAAUUGAAGUUAAAACUAAUAAUAUUUUUGAUGCAACUGGACUUCGAGAUAAAUUGAAUAUAAUUAGAUUUAAUGGAAGUACUUCAUCUAAUUCACCAGCUCAGAUGUCAAACAAAAAUAGUGACGAAAGUCUUGAAGAUGAACAUCAAUCAUCAGAAACUGAAUCGCAACGAGAUCUUAAGAAUGUUUUGCACAUAGAGGAAGUGAUUAAUGUUGAGGAAGUGAUUGCAAGUCCAGCAAGUGAAAUUGUUAAAACAAAAGGAAAUAAAACUUCUUACAUUUCGCCAUAUCGAAUGACAGCCAAGAUAACACCAACAAAGAAUAAGUCAGUCAGAGUUACAAAGUCACCGAUAAUAGCAAAAGUUAUUACCACCACUAAGAACUCAUGUCUGGAAUAUAAAUCUAACAACAUUUUAUCACCAAAAUUGAACAUCUCGAACUCUAAAAUGAAUGGAAACAAGAGUCGAUUUGGAGUCAUUCCAAAAGCAUCAAUGAAAUCAAAUAAUGUUGUUGCAUCGUCACAAAACAACUUGAAACCUGAAAAAAUCGAAGAAGAAAUACCCCAAGUGGCACCAAUUAUUCGUCAAGGCACUUUUGUCAAGGAUGAGCCAACAAAUGAACAAAUUCCAGUUGUUGACGUUGAACCAGCAAUUACACCGAUUAAGAAUGUUCAGCAACAAUCAAAAUUAAAACCACCGACACGCUUAUCAUCUGCAUCAAAGACUCCAUCGAUUGAAAGUAAAAAUUCAUCGCCAAAAAGAACUUCCAAUUUACCAACUUCCUUAACACAAUUGAAAUAUCGCUCCAAUAGCAAUGCUUCUAUGAAAAUCAAGGAAAUUUCCAAUCCUGUCGCACGCAGCAAUACAGGAAUUACUUUGAAUAAUCCAAAGAAAAAUGUCUCUAGUAAAAUUGCAGGAAUAUGGAAGAAUAAUGAUAAGAGGACAAUUUCUAGCUCCUCUACUCAAUUAAAUGGAGGAAGUAAAUUGUCAACGCCCACGGGAAAUGUCAACAGAAAAAUUGUCAAUAGUCCAACAAAAGACACUACAAGAAUCAAGAGAAGUUCGACAUGCGAACAAAUUGCAAAUACAUCUUCACGAUCUGCUCCGGUUCCAUCGCUAGCAUCUUCGAGAUUUGAAAACAUUAAGAAGUGAGCAGGUCGAUGAACUUCGUGGUAAAAUUCUUUUGGAUUUGAUAGCAUCAAGUCAUACUUCAUGUUUGGAUCGUGACGCACUCCCAUGAAAUUGUAAUUCCAACUUCCUUGUCCAGGAACCAUGAAGAAUCCAAGGAACUUGUUGGAUAAUAACAUUUGAACUCUCUCGUAGUGACUUGGCAGGUAGCCUUUCGGCACUUACCUUUAUCAGUGUUCUUAGUUCCCCAUUCAAAACCGGAAGGUGUUAAUUUGUAAGCUGUUAAUGAACAUGAGCCAGGCGUAAAUGAACAAGUAAUGAUGAUAGUCUUUUCUCCAUCCCAACUUGGAUUUUCUGACAUAAUCUUGGCAUGAGUCGUAAUAUCUUGAGGUGAUAAUUGUGGCAAUUCAUUUGGUUGUGUAUGAAUCCAUCCUAAUGGUUCCAUAUCCUUCAAAUAUUGAUGUGUAGGUAGAAUAUUGGGUAAAUUGACAACUUGAUGUGUUCCCCAUUGACAUGGCAUGACAAUACAACGAAUUUCUUUAACUUGUGGAUUAUCAGGCGGACUUACUCCAUAUAAAUAUCCAGCAAUUUGAGCUCUCAAGUCGGAGAUUGUCACAAAUUUCUUGAGAAUAUUUUUCGGUAAGAUGUAAGUAUAUCCAGUUUCCUUAAUGUCAUCAGAACUGACAUAAAUGUGAUUUGUACGCAAAUGUAAGUUUGUAGCUGAAAUAGCUCGAAUACGCCAUUCAGUCUUUGAGCUGAAACUCUGUGUCUCGUAAUUUGAUGUCGUCGAUGUGAUAAUUUCAUCACCAUGCUUAUUUGUUGUUCUUGUUGUCGUAGCUGUCAAUUGUGAUUGUUCUUUUGUUUGCUUCUCAAUUUCAGCAAUUUGUUGACGUUGUGCUGAUGGUGCAGAUAUUUCCAUACCCAAAAUAAUAUCACGAAUUUCAGAUUGUGUCAAUGACGCGACAUUCACAUUAUUCUUCUUUCCGUAAUCAGCCAAAAUUAAAUCUUUUAAUUGGACUUCAACCUUUAUCCAUUCUUCGUCACUUAAUGUUGGCCAAAUGUGAUGAGCUUCAGUAAUUGUCGUCUUAUCAGGUUUUAAAAUGACUUUUGUUCGUUCUGUAUUAACAUGAAGUGCACGAAGGAUUAAAAUGAGACGUGAGAAUGCAGUAUAUGAUGAAAUUGUCUUGAGCCAAUCAUCAUACAAGUUGAAGAGAACCAUUUGUGGUUCUGUCGCUUUCAAGAUCAAAUCACCAAACUUUUCAACUUUUAAACAUGCUUGGAAAGGCAAUUGCAAUUCUGAUCCCUUAAUUACUAUAUUAGGGAAAUCAAGUAAAUGGACUUCAAGUGGAUCCAACAUUCCCUUUCUGGUUACAAUAAUCUGUUUAGGUUGUUCUUCAACUGGAAGUGAUCGAAUUAAAGCAGCAACUUCUUCAGCAGUUUUCCAUUUUGCAAGUUGUCCUAAACGUUUCUGACCAGCCCAUACUGACGUAUGAAUAAUCUUCAAGAAUAACUGUCCAGUUCGAGGAUUAAAGAUGAAAAUAGCUCCAUUAAUUGGUUUUGUUGUUAAAUUACCCUCAAAUGUUUUGUGAAUUGUUACACGAUAUACAUUAGUAUCAUCCACAAACCAAAUGAUUUGAUUACUGAACAAUUCUCCAUAAUUUUGAGAUGAUAAGUAAGGCUCAGUUGGUUCUGAACUGUAUAAUUGAAGUGCCUUUCUGAUACGUUCUCUCAAGACAUAUAAUGCAGGAUUAGCUUUCAUAAUUUUAGCCAUAGCUUGUUGAAUUAAAGGCUUACAACCUGGGAACCAAUUUCCAUAAGCACUAUGCAAGUUAUAUGCUAAAUCUAUUGCAAUUAAAACACCCGUUGGAGAUGGAUAGAUUGACAUAUUGUCUGUUGUAUAAUCUAAGAAUUUAGCUCUCGAGUAUCUUUCAAUGUCAUGGGAAUCAUAAUCACCCCAUCGAAGCUGCACAUCAAUCCAAUACUUUUGUGUUGUUGUAUUAUCCAUAGUAUCUUUUGAAUCAGCCAACAAUGAAGGUCUCGAGACAUUCCAUUUAUAGGCAGGGAAAAGAAGAAUAUCAGCACAUGACGAAUUCAUUUUGUAUGAUUUACGUGGAUGAAUUGUUUCCUUCUGUACUGUUUCAAUCUCCAAAGCAUCCAAUUCUUGAUCAAAAACUUGACAUAAAUCCAUAACAAUAGAUUCGUGAAUCUUUUGCCACAAAUGCGCACGGAAAAUUUGAAUCAAUGAGAUUUUCAGAGUCGGAAUUUUACCAUGCAUGAAAAUUCCAGUCAAAUCAAGCUGAACCUGGAAACCAACGUAGACAUUAGCUCUGUUGAUUGUUGGUGACCACCAUAAAGUAAAACGACGAUUUGGAAUUUGAUUCAAACCACUACGCUGUGCAUUUGUCAGUUUCUUAUAUUUCAUCGACUCUUCGAAACCAGAGGCUUUCUCCCAGAACAAACCUUCCCAUGUUGGGAAAUAAGUUCCUUUGAAUAAUGUGUGCUCAAGAAUACCCUCAACGCCUCCCAAAGCUUGAAUCAUAUCUGUACGAUAAUUAUUUAAAUUCCACAAUUUUCCGUCGUGUCUCUGAUGUGUCCACCAGAAAGGAUUUUGCUUCAAAACUUGAUACUGCUUGAACU